GAAGUAGCGGCGGCGGCGGCGUCGGCGGCGCCGAUCUCGGCGAGCAGAGAGCCAGUCUGUCUCGCGGCGACGUCGACGUACGUACGCACGUCGCAUAGCUCGACGCUCGGGGGUCACUCGGGGCCAAUCGACGCUGUAUAGCUGAGAAAGGGGAAGAGUGUGUGUCAGGCGAGUAUAGCAGUACAGUCCGCGUGCGCGAAAUCGCCUCUCGACUGGUAGACACAAACGCACGUUUGCAUGUCCGCUGGAAAGUAGAAUGUAGCGGUCCGUAUAUCACGGAGAGAAACAGAGAGAAAGAGAGUGAAAGAGUGCCAGAGAGAGGAGACAUGUCAAGCUCGCCGCCGGGCUGCAGCAGCAACGCGGAGAAGCUGCUGCUCUAGUAUACAGUGCGCGCCGCGUUUGUUUACCAGCAGCGGUCUCGUCGUGCGCGGGUGUUGUCGUACAGUUGUACAUAGUUAUAUAUUGAAGUACACACACAGUGUCCCCGCUUGUGAGCGAAAUAGCCCAGUGCACUGAGAGGAAAAUGCGCCGCCAGCUAUUGCUCGUCGCGAAGAGGCGUCUGCUGCUGCCGCCGCUAGAGAAGGUCGGAGCUCAGCGGGUCUAGCUUCUCCGAUAUACUGUUCUACCUGCAGCAUCGUCGCAAGCGCGUAAACAAACGGGAGAGGAACACUUCUGUGCGCGCGCGAGAGGUUAUAAGAGUUACUUGCGGCUAUCUUCGAGACAGCGCGAAAAUGGGCUAUCCACCGCGUGAAUGCAGCUCCUCGAGGACGUAAACACGUCUCCGUGACACGACAGCAGCAAUAGCAGCAAGUGUUGUAUCGCGAGUGACAAGUCUGAUAGCAGCAGCAGGUGUACACAAGACACGCAUACCUAUAAAGCUGUACGUGUAUUCGCGCGAGUAUAUAUAUAUAUAUAUAUACACACACACAGAGUGAGAGUGAGCUAAUACACCAGUGCCAGGGAGUAUACGCAUAUAUUUAUUGAGAAAAGAGAGAGAGAGAGAUAGAGAAAGAGGAAAGUGCGCGAAAUAUCGGACAAAAUGGCGGACCUCGAGGCGGUGCUCGCUGACGUGAGCUACCUCAUGGCCAUGGAGAAGAGCAAGGGCACACCGGCGGCUCGAGCCAGCAAGAAGAUCAUUCUGCCGGACCCCAGCGUCAGGAGCGUCAUGCACAAGUAUCUCGAGAAGAAGAACGAAGUGAACUUCGACAAAAUAUUUAAUCAAAUGCUAGGUUACCUUUUAUUCAAAGACUUCUGCGAAAACACGUCGGAGGAGCCAAUUCCGCAGCUCAGGUUUUACGAGCAGAUCAAGGCGUACGAGAAGCUCGAGUGUCCAGAGGAGCGGAGGAAGCUCGCCCGAGAAAUCUACGACAAUUACAUCAUGAAAGAACUGCUGGCGCACACGCACAAAUACUCCGCCGACGCCGUGUCCCACGUACAGGAGUAUCUCAUAAAGAACGAGGUCCCCGUCAACUUGUUCGAGCCGUAUAUCGAGGAGAUUUUCAAUCACUUAAGGGGGGAGCCUUUCAAAAAGUUCCUUGAGAGCGAUAAGUACACCCGAUUCUGCCAGUGGAAGAACCUCGAACUCAAUAUUCAACUGACGAUGAACGACUUCAGCGUGCACCGGAUAAUCGGCCGAGGCGGUUUUGGCGAGGUAUACGGCUGCCGGAAGGCCGACACGGGAAAGAUGUACGCGAUGAAGUGCCUCGACAAGAAGCGCAUCAAGAUGAAGCAAGGCGAGACUCUGGCGUUGAACGAGAGGAUAAUGCUCUCGCUAGUCAGUACGGGGGUCGACUGCCCGUUCAUCGUAUGCAUGACGUACGCGUUUCACACGCCGGACAAGCUGUGCUUCAUCCUGGACCUGAUGAACGGCGGCGAUCUGCACUACCACCUGAGCCAACACGGCGUGUUCAACGAGCCCGAGGUGAAGUUCUACGCAGCCGAGGUGAUACUCGGGCUCGAACACAUGCACCGGCGCUACAUCGUCUACAGGGAUCUCAAGCCCGCCAACAUACUCCUCGACGAGCACGGCCACGUACGGAUAUCGGAUCUCGGUCUCGCCUGCGACUUUUCCAAGAAGAAGCCACAUGCCAGUGUCGGUACACACGGCUACAUGGCUCCCGAGGUUCUGUCAAAGGGUACGCAGUACGACUCGAGCGCCGAUUGGUUCUCCUUCGGCUGUCUGCUCUUCAAACUGCUCAAGGGACACAGCCCUUUCCGGCAGCACAAGACCAAGGACAAGCAAGAAAUUGAUCGCAUGACGCUUACGACGAACGUAGACCUGCCGGAAUCGUUGUCGCGAGAGCUGCGUACGCUGCUGGACGGUCUUCUGCAACGCGACAUCAACAACAGGCUCGGCUGUCGAGGCGGUGGCGCCGACGAGCUAAAGGAGCACCCGUUCUUCAGUGGCAUCGACUGGCAGCAGGUCUACUUGCAGAAGUACACGCCGCCCCUCAUACCCCCGCGCGGUGAGGUCAACGCGGCAGAUGCCUUCGACAUCGGCUCCUUCGACGAGGAAGACACCAAGGGUAUCAAGCUCACCGACGCCGAUCAGGACCUCUACAAGAACUUCCCCCUCGUCAUCUCCGAGAGAUGGCAGGCCGAGGUCGCUGAGACUGUUUUCGAGAUGAUCAACAACGAGGCGGACAAGUUGGAGAACAAGAGGAAGGCGAAAAAAGUGAGGUUCGAGGCGGACGAAAAAGGCUCGGACUGUAUAUUACAUGGGUACAUAAAGAAGCUUGGCGGACCGUUCGCUAGCGCAUGGCAAACUCGAUACGCCAAACUCUACCCCAAUCGAUUAGAACUUCAUCCCGAAUCAGCCACGAAGCCUGAACUCGUCUUUUUGGAUCAGGUGGAGGAGGUCAGCAGCGAUUUGCAACACGUUAAGGGCGAACAGUGCAUCAUCGUUCGAACGAGAGAUGCCAAAAUUGUAUUAACAAAUCCUGACGAGAUAAGCUUAAAGGAGUGGGCGAUUUCGCUGCGCUCGGCGCACAAGUCCUCGAUGGAGAUGUUGGGCAACAUGGCGCGCAAGGCCGGCAAGAUCUACGGCACGGAGCGCGACAGCGUGAUACCUGCGACGCAGCGCUCGACGAACGGCAACUAGCCCUAGCAUCGCCGUUUCAAACUGACAGUAAACCACACAGAACACGGACAUCUGCAGCAGCAAACGUCAUAUACAUACUAUAUAUACAUGCAUACAUAUACUCCAGAGUCCCACUGCCCCGCAGCAGCAGCAAGACGAGGAAGAACGAGAAGGAACUUUUUUUAUACUACUGAAAGAGAGAUGUGUGCGCUAAGGAAAGGUGGAAAAAGAAGCGAAGCGAAAGCAAAAAGAAAUAUAUAAAACAAUAGUGAGACCGAGAGCUUCCUUCGGCUGAGUGUCAACUCUCCGCACAUUAUCUCUCUAUCUCUCUCUCUCUCUCUCUCUCUCUCCAUCUUUGUCUAUCUCUCGCACUCUCUAUCACACCCUUUCUCUUUCCGUAUUUAUAUUAAAUCUAUUGCGCGAGCGCGUCGUCGUUCAGAAAUGACGCGCGCAUUGUAGCUGUGUGGCCCCUCGUACCUGCCCUUCUUUUUCCCAGCCAUUAGAGGCGACCCGCAUAUGUACGUCCGUACCCUAGAUACCUACCUGGUCCUUCCGUUGGAGACGCGCGAUCUUGCAAAAUAAAGCUCUCAACUUGGUUGGAGACUCGUCAAUGUUAGAAGAUCUCGAUUACGUCGGUUUUGAAAAUCGCCGAUCGUUCGUCAAUAAAUAUAGUGAGAAAUCACCUCGUCUUUCUAUAUAUAAAUAUAAUUAUACGCAAGUUCCACUGUGAACUUGAUAAAUUAUACAAUGAAAAGAUAUGAGUAUGUAAUCCUCGACAUUUUUAUUUAUUAAGGGGCUUUCGUUGCAAUAUUCUGUUAAUAAUCAAAAAUCAACUGAGUUAUAGAGAUUUUGAGAUUGCGCAUUCGUUUGUGAGGUGCACGUUAUUAGUUUGCUCUUGUGCACAACUUCUGCGUCACGUUUUUAACUGCUUUCUACAUCGAUCUUACAUUAGUGUACUUUUUACAAUUUUUUAUUUUAAUAACAAUUUGAAUGUUGCCAGUAAGAAUCAAAUGUCAACUUUAAUGUUACUAUUUUAUAAAGUGUAUACAAGAUGGAGAAAAUAACAGUAUUCCAUAUAGUGAGAAGAAGAAAAGUCGUUGUGUAUUUUUAAUGAAAGAAGACGUUCAAUUAUUUUAAAGACUUUAUAACAUGAUGUACAAAUAUAAUCAAAAUAAAGGUACAUUAUUUCUUACUUUCUUUGGUACACAAAAAUGGGUCCACGAUAAAAAUGAAGACCGUUAUUUGCAAAUAAAGCGAUUGACUAGGUUCGCUAUACCAAUUUAUAAGUACAAAUUGAAACAUCUAAUGUGCACAAUUUUUUUUUCUCUACAUCACGACGUUCGAAUUUUCAAAACCGAGGGUUAUAACGUACCGGACUAGAGAAGGAAAAUACACGAUAACAGUAUCGAAUCAAUUUUCCUUCACUGUCCUUCUCUUCAGCUUAAUAAUGAGUAAACACUCAAUGACGUGGUACAUUGCAAACCAAAGAAGAAAAAAAACACAAGAAAUAAGAUAACGCGCAGACGUUUCAAUUUCAUUAUAGUCAAUCAAGCAAUCUUUAUAAUUUCUUAAUCUCUGUAUCUCGGCUGGCGGCUGUUAGCUUUUGUUACGUGACGAUCCAAACAAAAAGAAAAAAAAUCGCGAAUGAAAAAAAAAACUUUUGUAACGCAACGUUUGCUAAGUCUCUCUGUCUCUGUUCUCUCUCUUUAUCUUACAAAUCUCUAUCUCUCGGACGAACACACUAUUUAUAUUAUAUUAUAUUUAACGGAACCACGAUGUAUACACGUAUAUCGACGUAUAUACAUACAUGCAAGAAGAUAGAAAAGAAAAACAUCGCGACGACGAUUCGCGCUGCAGACGAAGGCGACGCGACGUCACCGCGAGCGGCGAGUGUGACGGGAACUGAGAAACUAAUUAUUAAUGAAAUAAUCUUAAAUAAAAAUGAGGAGAUAAAUAUCGUGUGAAAAAUAAAGUACCAUAAAAAAAUUAAUAAAAAACCGUAGAGAGACAAGCGAGUCCAAUUAUUCGAGAUCGUAGACAUAUAUUAUUAUUAUUAUUAUUAUUAUUACUAUUUUAUUUUUAUUAUUAUUAUUAUUAUUAUUAUUAUUAUUAUUAUCAUUAUAUACAUGAGUGAUCGAACGCGAUAAAAUAUAAAAAAGAAAAAGAAUAAGAAAUAAAAAAGAUUAGCCGGCCCAGGUGGCUCGGAGUCGCAAAGAGAAGGUCCUAUAUAUGUAAACAAAAAUAAAUGAAAAAAUUGUACGAGGAUCUAAUGUUAUACUUCUUUCGAUAAUCGAUCUAUGCGAGGGUUCGUUAUAAUUGCGACUUAUUGCGGUAAUUGUGAAUGUAUGUAUAGUAUUGUUCUGUUAUUCUCACCUCCUGUUUUUAGUCAUUUUUAGAGAGGAAGUUCUACGAGUACUUCCCAAGUCGGUGACGUUGAAAAAUAAAAGAUUUAGGUUCGACGAGUUCAAGCGAAUUAUUGUAAACACGUUUGCCGCAGUCGUCGAAACUUUUCAUCUCAGUGUAAUGGAAAUUUCGAUUUUUUUAACGUCUAGUAAAGUAGCCUGUAUAAUACGAAUAUAAAAGAAGAAACUUUUUUUAGUUAUGAAUAUUAUCUUUAAGAGCGCAUAAAAAUUGUACAAUGAUGCCGAUUGUCGAACUCAUGAUUAAAGUCAAUUUUAUAAAAGAUUACUUUUCAUCGUCCGAACAUCACAAGGUAUCAUACACAAUGUUUUUAGUUUUAUGAAUUGUAAAAAAGAAAGUGUAUUGUUAAUUUUAUCGAUUUGUGUAUUCGUGACAUCUUUUUUAAAAAACCAGUAAGUGUAACACUGUAAAUUUUAGAUUUCCCUAUCGACAGCGCAAAUCGUUGACAAAAUUUUAUAACAAAUUUUUCGUUUAUUAAUUGAAUGUUAAAUACUUAAAGUAUAGAUAUUAUUUAAUAUGAAUAAAUACUCCUUAUAAAAAAAACUCUAACAAUCAUGACAGUGUUAAAUUGCUUAGUUUGAACUUUUAUAGAUGAAUUUAAAACCAAUUAAUUUUUAUAAUUUUUUACAUUUGAUUUUAUUUUUUAAGAAAAAAAAAGUGAUGGAUUAUUAUUUUAACAUUUUAUCUUUAAAACAGCAAUCAAUGAACUAGGCGAAAUGUUAAACACUAUCGCCGUAAAUCUUUGUAAAAAUAUAUUUUUUAAUGUAAUUUAUGGAGUUAAAAUGUAUUAUAUUAGUUCUUUUAUUGAAAUACUUAUUGUGUUAGUUUUAACACAUAAUUAUAUGGCUUUGAAAAUUUGUGUUAUGUAAAAUUGAUAAUAUUGUGUUAUUUUGAAUAAAAUAUUUAUUGACUAUA